GGUAACAUAGCCUAGUGGUGAAAACACUGGUCCAAUUGAGCUCUGGAUGUGAGAGGUCCUGAGUUCGAUUCCCAGUGGAGCCACUUGUGCGUUCCCGGCGGCACCCUUGGUAUCGGAGGCGAAGCCUCCCCGAUGUUGGUAGCAGAAAGCCCCGGUUAGUAUGCAGGUACCCCCAGUGGUUUAGUAGGCCCCGCUGUCGCUCUAGCGGCACGUGGGGCUGAGGUUCCCUGGGUUAUAAAAAAAAAAAAAUUAGUGAAAAUGGACAAGGAGUGGUGGCGGCCGUAAAUUCCAACAAACACCCCAAGAGAGGGGAAAAACAAAACAAAUAAAGUAAGAGUGGAAAUUCAAUGACAUAAAUACCCCCUUUUCACUUGAAAUCGGUAUCUCUGUAUUUCCCUUCUCAACCCUCGCCGCUACGCUUCGCCUCUCUCUGAUUUCCCAAUCCCACCCUCGCCCCUGCCCCCAAUUUCUCUCUUUUCCUUCUUGCCCUUCCUCCCAAAUCUCCUUUGCUUUUUUCCGAUCUUCUCCUUCCUACCUCCAUUACCCGCCAACUCCUCAUCUUUUUGAAUUCUCGUUACCUUCUCCUUCUCUAUUCCUUCCCGUUUGCUCAAGAAUGUCGCACAACGGAGCAAAACCCUAGCGCCCCCAUUGGAUUCGCUCACUCGGUCUCUGCACUUGCUUUUUCUUCAGUUUUCAUCCCUACCCAGUUCGCUUUCUUAAGUUGGUUGCUCAUUCAGAGGUUGCCGAUUCUUCUGUACGAGAUUCCAAAGCUUACUGCUUUCGCUGGUCAUUUGUGCACUCGAUUCAACGGAUGAAAGUGGCGGCCACGGCUUAGGCUCGGGCUAUCAAUUGUCUGCUUCUAUAGGUAGAGUAUUGAGGGACAAUUGAUUCACUACUCCAAUCAGCAAAACCGUAGUUCUUUCUGGGGGGAGUAUAAUUGUCACAGCUGUCAGCAUACCGGAAUUAACCUUUUUCAGAUGGCUGAACAUGAAGUUAUAUUCGGACAGAAUCACAAUGUAGGGCUUAGGGAGAAUCAACAACUGGAUUUAGGCCAUAAUCCUGGUCAAGAUCUGUCCCAAAGUCAUGAUAGUCUGGAAUUGGGACAAGGACACGACCAUCGUCACCUGGAUCUGGGACAGUCUCAAGAUCAUGACGAACUGGGCUUAGGGCAUUCCCAUGACCACGAAUUGGGAUUGGGACAGACCAAUGGCCAUGAUGAAGCAGAUUCCGGUCACAGUUAUGGGCACGAAAACGAGUUAGGAGGCAUUGAUCGGAAACCCGAGCCAGUUGGGCACGAGCUGGCACUUCCUGUACAGGGUCGUCAACUGGUUUUAUCUGAGAACAACCACGAAUCACCUGUUUCUGAUGAUGACCAAGAACUUGUUGCUCACCUGGAACUUGCUGUGCAGGAAGGCGAUGAGGAAAUGGGAAUGCAAGAACAUAGUGAUGAUUUGUCAAUGGACCAGUCCCUUGUCUUCCAUACACCUGUCCUUCAAGCCCGCACAGUUCUUGCAGGCCCCAGCUAUGAGUUGAAAGUGGGGCAAGAGUUUCCAGAUGUGAUCAGCUGCCGCAGGGCACUGAGGGACACAGCAAUUGCCCUUCAUUUUGAAAUGCAAACCAUAAAAUCGGACAAAACUCGAUUCACAGCUAAGUGUGCAACUGAAGGGUGCCCCUGGCGGAUUCAUGCUGCAAAACUCCCUGGUGUACCUACUUUCACAAUCAGAACCAUACACGAAUCUCACACCUGUGGUGGAAUCUCUCACCUUGGUCAUCAACAAGCCUCUGUUCAGUGGGUUGCAAGCUCUGUGGAGCAGCGACUUAGGGACAACCCUAAUUACAAACCCAAGGAGAUACUGGAAGACAUUCAUCGCACUCAUGGGAUCACUUUAUCAUACAAGCAGGCAUGGAGAGGGAAAGAGCGUAUCAUGGCUGCCAUGCGUGGCUCCUUUGAAGAAGGAUAUCGAUUGCUACCACAAUACUGUGACCAGGUUAAAAGAACCAACCCUGGAAGUAUUGCAGCGGUGUAUGGGAACCUAACGGAUAAUUGCUUCCAGCGUCUCUUCAUAUCAUUCCAGGCUUCAAUCCAUGGGUUUUUGAACGGCUGCAGGCCUCUCCUUGGACUGGAUAGAACGUAUCUAAAGAGCAAGUACCUGGGCACGUUGCUUCUUGCUACUGGCUUCGAUGGGGAUGGUGCUCUAUUUCCAUUGGCAUUUGGUGUGGUUGAUGAGGAGAACGAUGAUAACUGGAUGUGGUUUCUCUCUGAACUUCAUAACCUUCUCGAGGUAAACACUGAAAACAUGCCCAGGCUUACAAUUUUGUCAGACAGGCAAAAGGGCAUCGUUGAUGGAGUUGAAGCCAACUUCCCAACUGCUUUCCAUGGGUUCUGCAUGCGCCAUCUGAGUGAAAGCUUCAGAAAGGAGUUCAACGAUACAAUGCUGGUCAACCUAUUAUGGGAAGGUGCUCACGCUCUAACCGUCAUUGAAUUCGAAGCCAAAAUCAUUGAGAUUGAGCAGAUAUCAGAAGAUGCAGCAUACUGGAUACGCAGAAUACCCCCAAGGCUAUGGGCCACGGCUUACUUCGAAGGAACCCGAUUUGGUCAUUUGACUGCGAAUAUUGUGGAUUCGUUGAACCCUUGGAUCCUUGAAGCCUCAGGGCUUCCUAUAGUCCAGAUGAUGGAAUGCAUAAGGAGGCAGCUGAUGACUUGGUUCAAUGAACGACGCGAGACCAGCAUGCAGUGGACAUCAAUACUUGUGCCAUCUGCCGAGAGGUGUGUUGCAGAGGCUCUCGAGCGUGCGAGAAGCUAUCAGGUGCUGCGAGCCAACGAAGCCGAGUUUGAAGUUAUAUCUCACGAGGGGACGAAUAUAGUGGACAUAAGAAACCGGUGCUGCUUGUGUCGGGGCUGGCAGAUCCAUGGCUUACCCUGUGCGCAUGCUGUGGCGGCGCUUCUCUCAUGCAGACAGAACGUGCAUCGUUUCACUGAGAGCUGCUUCACAGUGGCGACUUAUAGGAAGACGUAUUCGCAGACCAUCCACCCGAUACCGGAUAAGAUCGUGUGGAAGGAACUUGCAGAUGCUGAUCCCAAUUCCAGCAGUGCUGUUGAGAUUGUGAUCAACCCGCCCAAGUCGCUUAGGCCGCCAGGGAGACCGAGGAAGAAGAGGGUGCGGGCGGAAGAUCGUGGGCGGGUCAAACGGGUGGUGCAUUGCAGCAGGUGCAACCAGACGGGUCAUUUCAGAACGACGUGCGCAGCGCCCAUAUAGUAGGACAUCUCAAAUCUCUAUCGACUGUGAAUGGAAGGUUCCUUUUAGCAGAUUUGGUUGAAGGAGGAAGUCUUGUAAUUGAGCUUAUUUAUAAUGUGCGAAGAGUAUGGCUUCUAUCCUUUUACUAGAUUUCUUACUGUAGGAUGGUAUGUAUUAGUUGUUAAGAGUAGUAGCUAGUUAGUAGAAGUUGCAGGAGGUGGGGCUUUACUCAAUUAUGUCACUUGAUUGAGCAGCAUUUCUGGUGCUUUUAAGAGAGAUAAGUUGAUGGAUCACUGCAAUAAAACCGAAGUCUAUUUUAUUUUGGUAGCUAAUAUAAUGGGUAAAUUGCAUGUUC